GUUUCUGGUUUUUUCCCUAACGAAGAGGGAGAGGGAGGGGUGAAAAAAGCGAAAAAACGACUGGCUAGUUUUUAUUCCUCUCCUCCUCGUUUGUGGAGAGGAGAAAUCUCGCUAUCUUCCCCUUGUCUUCUCUCUCGUGCGGAUCGAAAUCCGGCGCGCUCGCAAAGGAUCGCCGAGUAAAUCGCCAGACGGAGGCGCGGGGGAUGGGAAUUUUGGUUAGGGUUUGGUGAUGGUGGUUUCCAGAUGGAUUACGAAGGCGGAAUUCAGAUUUCUAGGGCUGGUGUGAACGAAGGGUCGUCGCUCUCUCCGCCAUUGGAUGAAGAUACAAUGUGGCCAAUGAACUUGAGAUCGAGUGAAACAAUGGAAUCUGGAUCCUAUCCUGAGCGGCCUGGAGAGCAAGACUGUGCUUAUUACCUCAGGACUGGGCUUUGUAGAUUUGGGAUGACGUGUCGAUUUAAUCACCCUCCCAAUAGGAAGCUGGCUGUUGCUGCUGCAAGGAUUAAGGGAGGGUACCCUGAAAGAAUAGGGCAACCUGAGUGCCAGUACUAUCUGAAGACAGGAACAUGCAAAUUUGGUGCCACAUGCAAGUUUGAUCAUCCUAGAGAUAAAGCAGGAAUUGCUGGAAGAGUUAUGUUAAAUAUGUUGGGAUACCCACUCCGUCCGAAUGAGAGGGAGUGCGCAUAUUAUUUAAGAACUGGACAGUGUAAGUUUGGCAAUACUUGUAAAUUUCACCACCCACAACCAUCUAGUACAAUGGUCUCAUUGCGCGGCUCUCCUGUUUAUCCUCCCGUACAUUCCCCAACUACUCCUGGUCAGCAAUCUUUUCCAGGAGGAUUGACAAACUGGCCGUUGUCAAGGCCCUCUUUCAUUCCAAGCCCGCGUUGGCAAGGUCCUUCAAGCUAUACUCCGGUGAUUCUUCCACAGGGGGUGGUACCGGUUCCUGGCUGGAACACAUACCCUGGGCAGAUGGGAUCGGUUUCAUCCUCAGAGAGCCAGCAACAAACAUUGGGAACCAGUCAGUAUUAUGGGACUUCACGCCAAAGUGAAACGAGUGCAGGAUUUCAAGGGACAUUUUCUUCGUAUCGUUCUGGCUCUGUGCCAAUUGGCCUUUAUGCAUUGCAGAGGGAGAAUGUAUUUCCUGAGAGACCUGAUCAACCAGAAUGCCAGUUUUACAUGAAGACUGGAGAUUGUAAAUUUGGUGCAGUGUGCAGGUUUCAUCAUCCUAGAGAGAGGUUGAUUCCUGCUCCAAACUGUGUGCUGAGUCCCAUGGGCCUUCCGCUACGUCCGGGAGAACCUUUGUGCAUAUUUUAUUCUCGUUAUGGUAUCUGCAAAUUUGGUCCAAAUUGCAAAUUUGACCAUCCUAUGGGAACCUUCGCAUAUAGCCUUUCCACAUCCUCUUCAGCUGAUGUCCCAGUUGUUCGACGUUUAUUAGGAUCCUCGUCAAGCACUGGUGCAUUACCUUUGUCAUCUUCAGAAGGGCCUGCAGAAUCAGUCCACGGGGCGUCUAGGCGACUUUCGCUCUCGGAGACAAGACAGAUGUCUUCUGGUGAUGAGAACAUAGAGGCAGAGGGAUCACAUUCUGCUACGAGCAUUGGACCUGUUUCUACCUAUUCUUAACCCUAAGAGGAUUGAGAUUCGUCUGUAAAUUGAAUCCCCAGUGCUGUGGAGAUGUGCAGACUUUCAUGAUGAGUCGAAUCUGUCCAUCUGGAGAUGCAUUUUACUUGACAGCAAAC